AUGAAUUUUGGAACAGAAUUAAAGGAUCAAGUUUCCUCAGUUAACCAAUUUGUUCAGAGCGGGAUACAAUUUUUAAAUGAGUUUAAGGAUUUUAUUAAAGAGCGUGCUCAAAUCGAAAAGGAAUAUGCACAGAAAAUUGAAAUGCUUGUUAAAAAGCAUUCGAAUAAAAAGGAUAAAAAGGCAUUAGCCAUGACUGUCGGUGAUGUUUCAACUUCUCCAAAAGAAAACGAUAAUGAAGCUGAUGUUGAAGCUAGUACUUUCUUAAAGGCAUGGUCAGUUAUUUUAGACGAAACAGAAAAUAUUGCAAAAGAGCGAGCAAAAUUUUCGGAGACAUUAUCAACGCGCGUGAUGGAGAAAGUGAGGACAGUAUCUGCAAAAAAGGAAGAAAUUAGAAAAAAGCACAUGGAAUUCGCACAAAAAUUGAUUAAUGAAAGGGAUAAAGCGUAUACAGAAAGGAAAAAAGCUAAGACUCGUUAUGAUGAAUGUUGUGUAGAAGUUCAAAAUUCUCAACAAAAACUUGAGCGAGCAUCGGACGAUAAAAUAUAUGAAAAAUUACAACAUCAGUUAGCACAAGAUAAAGUUGAAAUGAAUAAUAACAAAAAUCUUUAUAUUUUGACUAUACGCGUAUCUAAUGAACUCAAAAAGAAAUACUACCAUUCGGACGUACCCGCUCUUAUCAACCAAUUACAAGAACUUAAUGAAAGUAGGAUAAUAGCAGUGAGAAACAUUUGGGAUGAUUAUAUGGAGUUUGAGAUAGCUUUGUUGAGGGAAUCCAAAAAUCAUGCUGAUGUGGCACGUCAAGCAAUUAAUAAUAUUGAUAGUCACGCGGAUUCACAAUUAUUUAUAAGAUAUAACAAGCGAAGUUGGGAAGAACCUACAGAUUUUGUUUUUGAACCUUCCUCCAUAUCCGAGGAUACUGAAGAAUUGAUCAAUGAUGAAAAUUCUCAAGUUUACCUUAGCAACAAACUUUCUAAAGCCAAGCGGAAUUUAGAGAAAUUAACUUCAGAGAUCGAGUCCAAGAAAAAAGAAAUUGAUGGUAUGCAAUCUUUGAAAGAAGCAUAUGAAAAUAACUCAAAACUUGGUGAUGCAGAUGCUGUUACUGAUAUGUUGGAUCUGAUCACGAUAUCCAUGAUUUCAAAAAUGCAUCAUUUACGAUUCCCACAACUUGUGAUUAUUGUCAAACUACCAUCUGGGGCAUCGCGAAAGGUUUUACUUGUAAAGCCUCCUGUUUUAGACUGUGGUUACAAUUGCCAUGCUAGAUGUGAAAUGAAAGUUCCUCCUACCUGUACUAAACAAAAGGGUAAUAUUGUUAGAGGAAUUGCACAAACAUUCUCAACUCCAGGUUCACCUUGGGGAACUGUCUCCACAAUGUCCAAUAAUACACUAGUACCAUUAAUUCAGUCUAUAAAUAUAGGGGAUACAUGGAAAGCGGAAGCUUUAUACGACUAUAUCGCUGAUACCGAAGAAGAGCUUAGUGUGUCAGCUGGUGAUAUCAUCACUGUUUUUGAGUUGGACGAUGGGUCCGGAUGGGUCAAGGCUUUUUAUAAUGGAAAGGAAGGGUUAGUCCCAGCAUCAUAUAUUGAAUAUCAUGAUUUUGUUCAAGUACUCUAUGAUUAUGAGUCACAGUCACCUGAAGAAUUGACAAUAAAAGAGGGAGAUGUUAUUCAGGUUACUAACAGAGACGUUGCUGAAGGAUGGUGGGAAGGCAUACUCAAUGGUGUAACAGGUCAAUUCCCUGCAAACUAUGUGGCUCCAUUAGAAUGA